GCGGCUCGGGCGGAGAGAAGGGCUCAGCCCCGCGGCGCUCCCAGCCCAGGACAAAGGGAGCCGGACCCGCCUGGGCUGCGGCCGCGACUCCCGGGUCCAGCCUCACACCAGCUGAAGGCCCCCGCAAGCCGGGGCUGCAACAUGGCGGCAGCGACACGGGACCGCCGCCCCAGCGGGACAGGUCUCCGCGCUGGCGGCGUCGCCCGCCCCUCCCCUCCCCCCUACCCCGCCGCGCCGGGGGCCGCGCCGGGUCCCGGGACAGUGGGAGCAGCAGUGCGGUCUCCGCCGCGGUCCGCACCGCGCUCCUAAAUACCCGGAUGCGGCCGCCGGGACAGCCAGGGCCGGAGCCGGCGGGUGGAAGCUGAGCGGUCUGGCACAGCGGGCACCUUCUCUCGCCCUUCUCUGAGGGGCCCUCCCCGGGGACCCGCCGACACAGAGAGCCCGGUGCCAGGGCAGGAGCCGCGCCUCCUCCGCCAGGCCUGCCAGCAGAGGGGCAGUUGGGACAUCCCAAAGCCGAGGUGCCAGGCCCUCGGCGCCAGGCAGUUUGCGAGAGGGAGAAGCCAAAGGGAGGAUGACGGAGGACUCGCCCCCGGCUGCCAAGCCCAAGCAGGCCAAGGUGGGCAAGAAGCGGACAGAGCACCCCAAGUACUCCGACAUGAUUGUGGCAGCCAUCCAGGCUGAGAAGAGCCGCGCCGGCUCCUCUCGCCAAUCCAUCCAGAAGUACAUCAAGAGCCACUAUAAGGUUGGGGAGAACGCGGACUCCCAGAUCAAGUUGUCCAUCAAGCGGCUGGUCACCACUGGUGUCCUCAAGCAGACCAAAGGGGUCGGCGCAUCCGGGUCUUUCCGCCUGGCCAAGGGUGAUGAACCCAAGAAGCCACCAGCCAAGAAGGAAGUCACGAAGGCUGCAGUGCCCAGGAAAGUCACUAAACCCAAGAAAGCUGCUGCCAGGGCUCCAGCCAGGAAGCCCAAAGCAGCCCCCAAGAAAGCCAAAAAGAAGCCAGCAGCCACUCCAAAGAAAGCCAAGAAGCCCAAGACUGUUAAGGCCAAACCAGUGAAGGCAUCAAAGCCGAAGAAGGCAAAGCCAUCCAAACCCAAAGCAAAAUCCAGCACAAAGAAAUCUGCCAAGAAGUGAAGCUUGCGUACUUUUUCUUGAAGACUGUCCUUCAUGUCUGCUUUUGUGGAUUUUGCAGUCAGGUGCGGUUGAUGGCAGUGGAGUGGGGGUUAAAAGGGAGGACAGAUUUCCUGCCCCCCCCUUCAAAAGAAGCAAUGCUGCUUCCACAAGUCUGAGGGCUGCUGUCUUGAUCUACCUGAUUUCAAAUUCAAUGAGACCUCCUGGGCUUCAGGGAAGGGAUUAGGAAAACUUCUCCGGGAAGUCCUGCAGCACCCACCUGGGAACCAUGGCUUGGGCAGGGACCCCUCUAUCCACAACCCCUAUGGACUGAACCUCUUGCAGUUGCUUUGUGGAGCUGGAGCUUUGACCUGCUGUGGCUUGAGGCUUGUGCUUUGGGUUUUCUUUUCUUUUUUUGUGGGGGGAGAGUUGGAGGGUGAGAGCUGGCAAGGGGAAGUUGUGGGGGGGCGUUAUGUGGGGAGCAGUGUUGAUUUACACCAAUAAAAUUA